CUCUCAUCCCCCGGCCGGGUGUGAUGGAGCUGGAGGAGGUGUUCGUGCAGCUCCGCGGGGAGGUGGCCAGGCUGCGGGAGCUGUGCUCGGAGCAGGGGAGGCUCCUCCGGCGGCUGCGGGCCAGGAAGGGGCCGGUGCUGGACAUCCCGGUGUCRCUGCCCAUCCAGUGCACGGAGGACGCGGUGACGGGGGAAGGACAAAGGUCACCUGAGAGCCACCAAAGCCACCACGGGGCUCUGACAUCCCCAAACCCCAGCCUGGAAGGUUCCGCUCAUCCCAUGGAACAGCCCCAGGAUCCCAGCAGGCUCUCCCCGAACCCCGGGAAUGCUCCCACGGGGGUGGAGAAGGGCGAUGUCCCCGCCUGGAUGAAACCCUGGAUCCUCCCCGAGCCCCAGGAAGGAGGGAGAGCUCCCCACAGCCACCAGGAGCUGGAGAUCCCAAACCCAGGGGCUGGGGGCUCCUUCCCAAAMCUUCUGGAUCUCUAUGAAACCCCAGAAGAUGCUCCCAGGGAAGGGGCUCUCCCUGCAGAGGCUCCCGUGGAGAUCCGAGGGCCUGUGAAGACAUCCUGGACCCCGGGCUGGGCGCUGGAGGAUGGAGCACUCGGGAGCAGCGAGGCUGCGCCGGCCUGCAAGCUGUGCCGGGAGAUUUUCCCCGCGGAGGCAGCGGGACACACGGAAUAUCUGACCCAUGUGCUGGCCCAUCUGGAGUAGGAAUUGUGUUAAGUCAAUGGGAAAUCCAUGGAUUUGAGCUUGACACAUCGGAUGGACCCUGGACAUUCCUACUGGAUGCCUUGAAGGAUGCAGUGGGACAUGCGGGAUGUCUGCCCCAUGUCCUGGCCCAUCUGGAGUAGGACUCAACCAGAUGGGAAAUCCAUGGAUUUGCAGCUCAGCUCAUGGGAUGGACUCUGAACUUCCACAGUUGGACUCGAUGGAUGGACGGAAUGGGACACAGGCGAUACCUGACCCAUAUCCUGGCCCAUCUGGAGUAGGAAUUAUGUUAAUUCAAUGGGAAAUCCAUGGAUUUAUGCCUCGACCCACAGGACAGAGCCUGCGCAUUCUCCAGCUGGACUCAAUGGAUGGACGGAGUGGGACACUCAGAAUAUCUGACCCAUGCUCUGCCCCAUCUGGAGUAGGACUCAUCUUUGCGAUGGGAAAUCCAUGGAUUUGCAUCUCAACCCUUGGGACAGACUCUGGAUAUUUCCACUCGAUGGCCUCAAAGGAUGCAGUGGGACAAGCGGGAUAUCUGACCCAUGUCAUGGCCCAUCUGGAGUAGGACUCAACCAGAUGGGAAAUGAGAAAUGGAUUUGCACCUCAACUCAUGGGGUGGACCUUGGACAUUCCCCAGCUGGUCUUGAUGGAUGGACAGAGCAGGAGUCAUGGAAUAUCUGACCCAUGCUCUGCC